AUAUUUUAACCCAAGAUUUUUAAUUUUUGAGUACACUAAAAUUAAUCGAGACGAACCAAUUCAUGGUUCAUACCAUCGCCUCAUAAUUCAAUAAAUAUGAAUAUUUCAUGGAGAAUGCCAUAAAAAGUAAUAAUUUCAAAUCCAAAACUGUAAUUUAAGUUUAAGAAUAUGUAAGGAUAAACUAACUACGUAUGUCUUUGAUUAAUUCAUAAAAUGGGUCUGGAUUGAACCUCGGCUAAUUGACAGUUAAUAAUUUGCGUAAAGAAUACGUAAAGAUGAAAGUCUGAGAUUAUUUGAAUUAAACGUCGGUUUUUUCAUUAAUUUUUGCAAUAUUAUAUAAUUAUAAUAAUAGGACAGAUGAAUAAUAAAAUAAAUAAAAAUUGCUAAGUCACUU